AUGGUCUGGUGUGAUCGUGGGGUACAAAUGCUGCUUACCACAGUAGGGGCUUUUGCAGCCUUCAGUCUCAUGACUAUCGCGAUAGGCACUGACUACUGGUUAUACUCCAGGGCUCAUAUCUGUAACGGUACCAACAUUACCAUGGAUGAAACUCAAACCCAACCAAAAAAGACCAAAGGAGAUCUCACCCAUUCUGGACUGUGGAGGAUCUGCUGUAUUGAAGGUCUCUACAAAGGAAACUGUUUUCGAAUUAAUCAUUUCCCAGAAGACAACGAUUAUGAUCAUGACAGCUCUGAAUAUCUUCUACGCAUUGUUCGUGCCUCCAGUAUGUUCCCAAUUUUGAGCACAAUUUUGCUGUUACUCGGAGGCCUGUGUGUUGGGGCUGGGCGGAUUUACAACAGCAGAAAUAACAUCAUCCUUAGUGCUGGGAUCCUUUUCGUAGCAGCUGGGCUGAGCAACAUCAUUGGAAUUAUUGUCUACAUAUCUAGCAAUGCUGGAGACCCCAGUGACAAAAAAGAUGAGGACAAGAAAAACCACUAUAACUACGGUUGGUCUUUUUACUUUGGUGCCUUGUCCUUCAUUGUGGCAGAAACUGUAGGUGUUUUGGCAGUAAACAUUUAUAUUGAAAGGAACAAAGAACUGAGGUUUAAAUCCAGGAGGGAAUUUAUUAAGACUUCAUCGUCUUCACCGUAUGCCAGGAUGCCAAGCUACAGAUACAGGAGGAGACGGUCAAGGUCCAGUUCUCGGUCUACUGAACCCUCUCCAUCACGGGAUAUGUCUCCAGCCACUAUGAAAAUUGGUGGCACCAUUCCUAUGGGUGAAAUUUCUAUGUACACUCUUUCCAGGGAACCCUUGAAAAUUACUACAGCAGCCAGCUUCAAUCCAGAUCCAGAAGUCAGCUUCCUACAAGUACACAACUGUUUUCAGAAAGAACUGAAGGAGGGGCUUAACAUCAGUGUGAUAAACAGAAGGACAACACCCGUCUAAAAGUAGACUUGUUUACCCCAUGAGAAAAGUAACACUUUUAUUAGGAGGAAA